AUGGCUAGUAUUCGAAUUGCAGCAGGUUGGAAACAAGAGCAUAUGUCCAAAGCUGAACAGGUGGAGGAGGCAACAGAGCUUGUGGCUCGCCGCCCGAAACAUUGGCAAAGGCCGGCCUUUGGUGCGUUUAUAUCUGACAAAUCUAUCAACCACCAAUUGUUGGUCAACGGUGCCCCUGCCUUUGACUCUGAGGGCCAGGUCAUGAUAUACAGAGCAAAGCCCCAGGCUCCAAUGAUGCUACCGGCAACGGCAACAACAGCGACAACAGCGACAACAGCAAUCGACGACGACGACAGCGAGCGAAACGACAGCAACAGCAACAGCAAUGUCGGAACUUGA